GUAACUCUUCGAUGGCGUCCACAAGCACUCAGAUAGCCUCUUCAUCUUCCUCUUUAACACCUCGAUGGAGAUAUGAUGUUUUCCUCAGUUUUUACGGUGAAGAUACCCGCAAGAGUUUUAUAGAUUUUCUGCAUUUUAUUUUAACACAGAAAGGCAUUAUCGUAUUUAGAGACGAUAAAAAUCUCGACAAAGGAAAACAAAUUUCUGAUGAGCUCUUAAAAGCAAUUCAAGAAUCUAUGUACGCGAUCGUCGUCAUCUCUGAAAAUUAUGCUUUUUCUAAAUGGUGUCUUAUUGAACUUGUCAAGAUAGUCGAAUGCAUGAGAGAUACGGGGCUCACAGUUUUGCCCAUUUUCUACCAAGUGAAUCCUUCUUACGUACGAAAUCAGACGGAGACUUUUGCAGAAGCUUUUACUAGCCAUGAAAAAGAUCUCAAGGUUGACAUUGAGAUGAUGCAAAAGUGGAGAGCUGCUUUGAGAGAAGUCGGCAAUAUCUCCGGAUGGCAUGUGCAUGAUAGGCAUGAAUCAAUAGUUGUCGAAGAAAUUAGUAGAAGGAUACUCAGUGGAUUGAGUGGUAACUUCUCAAAUGUUUCAAAGGAUUUUGUUGGAAUAGAAUCCCGUGUCCAGGAAAUGAUGACCUUACUUAGUAAAGGAUUGGAUGAUGUUCGAUUUUUAGGAAUUUAUGGGAUGGGUGGAAUCGGAAAGACAACUCUGUCAAAAGCCAUUUAUGAUAGAGUUUCUCAUCAAUUUGAAGCUAGUUGCUUUAUUGCUGGUAUUAGAGAAGAAACCAGAAGUACUCAUGGUCUAGUUUCUCUUAAAAAACAACUUAUUUUUGAGAUCCUUGCGGAAAGGGAAUUAAAUAUAUGGACUGACCAUAGGUUAAGCAGAGUGAUAGAGAAUAGACUACGUACUAAAAAGGUUUUUAUUGUUCUUGACGAUGUGGAUGGAGAAGAACAACUAGAAGCAUUAGCAGGGAGCCAUAAAUGGUUUGGCGAAGGGAGUAGAAUCAUUAUAACAAGCAGAGAUCGUCAUUUGCUGAAUAGAUAUGUGGAUGAUACCUAUGAGGUUAAGGUGCUAAAAGAUGCUGAAGCUUUAUGGCUCUUUAGUUGGAAAGCCUUCAAGAAACCCCAUCCUGAAGAAAAUUAUGUUGAAUUGUCUAAGGAUGUUGUGAGUUACGCUCAAGGCCUUCCUUUAGCUCUUGAAGUUUUUGGUUCCUUCUUAUUUGAUAGAGAAAUGGAUUUUUGGAUAGGUGCCAGGAAUCUACUGAAAGAAAAGCCAAACGCAAAAAUUUUGGAUAUACUUAAAAUAAGUUUUUAUGGAUUGGAGGAUAUGCAGAAACAAUUGUUUUUAGAUAUUGCAUGUUUCUUCAGGGGAGUACGUAGAGAUAACAUGAGACACAUACUAGACAGUCUUGGUCACUAUCCGGACGUCAAUAUCGAUGUUCUUGUGGACAGAUCUCUUUUAACAAUCUCAUGGGGAGGAUUAUGGAUGCAUGAUUUAUUACGAAAAAUGGGUCAGCAAAUAGUUGAUUGUGAGUCUGCUGAGGAGCCUGGCAGACGCAGUAGAUUGUGGCGUUACGAGGAUGUCCUUCAUGUGUUGAAAAACAAUACUGUAAGUGUAUUAGUCUAGACAUAAACAUAAAGAAGUAUGUUUUGAUCGAUAUCGUUAUUUCUUCUAAGUAUUUGUCAAAUAUUUCCACCAAACUAAUUUCACUUUUCUUGGUUACUAGGG